CGCGUCCAUACAUGCAGCUAAAACUAAAUCAAACCUAUCUUCUCGUUGCUUUUUCUCCUCCAAUUUGAACUUACUCUGCAACUCUCCACUACCUCCCACUAUAAUCCAUGCAAUCCUAUCUACAUCUUCAUCUGCUCUUCUUCUGCUGUAGCUCUCUCCUCCUCUUUCUCUUUCACUCCUUCUCCCAGCUCAUACAUCCACGCUAACGAGCUUUCAUGAAUUUCUGGUGAAUCCCACCAAUUCACUCCCAGUAAGCUGACUUCGGGCAGCGAAGAGGAUACUGCACUUGUUUGAGGUAUGUGAAACUGGGCUGCUGAAAAUGGAUCGAGAUGAAGUUUUGGUUCCGGUGGAGACACAAGCUUCACGGAAGAAGAAGACUGCGGUUUCCAGGAGCUGGAUUUUGCUGGACCAAAAUGGGGAGAGUACCAUUCUUGAUGUAGACAAGUAUGCUAUCAUGCGUAGAGUUCAGAUUCAUGCCAGAGAUCUUCGAAUUCUUGAUCCUCUUUUAUCAUAUCCUUCAGCGAUCUUGGGCAGAGAAAGAGUUAUUGUUCUCAAUUUGGAGCAUAUCAAAGCAAUAAUCACAGCUGAGGAGGUAUUGCUUAGAGACCCACUGGAUGAGAAUGUAAUCCCCAUUGUUGAGGAAUUUCAAAGACGAUUACCUCUUGUAAAUAUCACAAACCAAAUUCAAGGCGAAGAAGAAGUGCAUCCUGGAGAGCGAAAAGAUUUUGAUACAGGCGAAGAAAAUGAAUUUCCAUUUGAAUUCCGAGCAUUAGAGGUUGCAUUAGAAGCCAUUUGCAGUUUUCUAGAUGCGCGUACUCGAGAACUGGAGACUGAUGCUUAUCCUGCUUUAGAUGAGCUGACCUCCAAGAUUAGCAGUCGUAAUCUGGAUCGGGUGCGAAAACUGAAGAGUUCCAUGACAAGGUUGACAAAUCGUGUUCAAAAGGUAAGGGAUGAACUGGAACAACUUCUGGAUGAUGAUGAUGAUAUGGCAGACCUUUACUUAUCAAGAAAAUUAGCUGGCUCAUCUUCACCUGUCAGUGGCUCUGGUGCUCCCAAUUGGUUCCUUAACUCUCCUACCAUAGGUUCAAAGAUAUCCAGAACAAGUAGGGCCAGUGCAACAACAAUGCAAGAGGAGAAUGAUGUUGAAGAGCUUGAAAUGUUGCUUGAGGCGUACUUCAUGCAGAUUGAUGGCACAUUGAACAAAUUGAAUACGUUGCGUGAAUACAUUGACGACACAGAAGACUACAUCAACAUACAGCUUGAUAAUCAUAGGAAUCAACUAAUUCAGCUAGAGCUCUUCCUAUGUUCAGGGACUGUGAGUUUGUCUGUGUACUCCCUAGUGGCAGCAAUUUUUGGCAUGAAUUUCCAAUAUACAUGGAGGGAGGGCCAUGGUUAUGUAUUUAAAUGGGUGGUCAUCCUCACAAGUAUAAUUUGUGCAAGUCUUUUCGCAUCAAUAAUUUCAUAUGCUCGGCACAAAGGUCUUGUUGGUUCUUGAUUCCUGAAUAUGAAUGCAGCUUGAAAUAGUACUUCCAAGUCCUUCACUUUUUGAUGGCUUUAGGACCUUGUUGAACGAUUCGAUCAUCAAUUCAGGUUAGAAAUCCAAAUAAGUAGAAUGCUAAAUCCAUCAUUUGUAUGUAGAAAAUAUUGAAUCGAUUUAUGGGUUGGGUGGUCAUGUAAUUAGACAAAAGUUAGUGCUAUAGAGGCAUUAAUUUGUCAGCUAGUAGCAUGGUUUGAUAAAAGCAUAGUGAGAUAUGGGGCUUUAGGUGUAACUAAAAUCCAGGACAAGCAGAGAUAUUAUUGUUUUGUAUUCAUGAUGUGUUUCCUAUUGCAUUUGACAUUAACAAGUAAUGUGGCCUACUGCUGGGGCCGAUUCAAUUUGCUUCCAA